GCCAUCCUUCCCACGCUCCACUUCUCUUCCAGCAAAUUCACACACCCGAGAUCUAACUAAGAAACACAAUUACUAGAGGCUUCUCUUCUACUCCCCACUCUCAAUGUCUAUCACUGGCUAUGUCAGUCUGCGCCAAAACGGCAUCGUUCCUGGCAAGCAUGCCUUUCACUUGCUUCUGAAGGCGCUUUCCAAGUCGAAAAACAAAAACCAAAACCCUUUUCAGUUUUAUGCUCAUAUUAUUAAGUUUGGUUUUGAUUCUGAUCCAUUUGUUCGGAACUCAUUGAUUUUUUGUUUUGGUAAUUGCGGGUAUCUCAAAUUUGCGCGCAAAUUGUUUGAUGAGAGUACAGUGAAAGACGUUGUUUGUUGGACGGCAAUGAUGGAUGGUUAUGUGAAAAAUGGUUGUGGUGUUAAGGGAUUGCAGUGUUUCAUGGAGAUGAGAUCAAUGGGUGUGAGAAUCGAUGAAAAGAGUAUUGUAAGUGUUCUUAGUGCAGCCGGAAUGGUGGGUGAUGUUUGGUUUGGAAGGUGGAUUCAUGGGUUUUAUAUAGAAAGAGGAAGAGUGCAAGUGGAUAUUUAUGUUGAUAGUGUUCUUGUUGAUAUGUACUCAAAGUGUGGAUCUUGUGAUGAUGCUUAUAAAGUUUUUAAUGAGAUGCCGAGUAGAAAUGUGGUUUCUUGGAGUACAAUGAUAUCAGGCUAUGUUUUAGGCAAUAGGUUCAAGGAUGCAUUGCAUUUGUUUCAAGAAAUGUUAAUGGAGGAUGAUGUUAAACCUAAUGAAUCUACGUUGACUAGUGUUCUCACUGCUUGUGCACUGCUAGGUGCUUUUGAUCAAGGAAGGUGGAUUCAUGGGUAUAUAAAUAGGAAUAAUUGUGAAUUAGAUGUCAAUUCGUCAAUACUUGGAACGGCCUUGAUAGAUAUGAAUUCAAAGUGUGGGUGGGUGGAAGAAGCUUUAAUGGUUUUUAACAACUUACCAACAAAGAAUAAGAAUGUGUACGCUUGGACUGCCAUGAUUAACGGUUUGGCAAUGCAUGGUGACGCAGUAAGUUGCUUGAGUAUUUUUAGGAGCAUGGUCAGGAAUGGGGUUCAGCCAAAUGAAAUCACCUUCAUUGGUGUCCUGAGCGCUUGUUCUCAUGCAGGGCUUGUAGAUGAGGGGUGUAAAUUGUUUAAAUCAAUGAGAAAAGAUUAUGGUGUGGAGCCUAAUGUAAAUCACUAUGGUUGCAUGGUUAAUAUACUUGGUCGAGCAGGGUAUGUGGAGGAAGCAAUGAAGCUGAUUGAAGACAUGCCAAUGGAGCCUACUCCUGGUGUAUGGGGAGCUCUAUUUGGUUCCUGUAUGAAUUACAAAGCCUUCGAGCUAGGAGAAUAUAUAGGAAAGCAUUUAAUCAAGCUACAGCCCGAUCACAGAGGUAGAUACGCGCUUCUGGCAAACUUGUAUUCAAAAUGUAAAAGAUGGGAUGCAGGUGCUCAUUUGGGGAAACUAAUGAAAAGGAAAGGGGUGAAGAAGGCUUCCGGCUGUAGUUGGAUACAAGUGAAUGGUGUAGUUCACGAGUUCAUUUCCCUCGGUAGAUUACAUUCUGAGUCUAAUGAUAUAUAUAAGAUGUUGGAUUGUAUUACUGUACAAUUAAAAAUUGCUGGUUAUGUUCCAGACUCUUAACUUAUUAGCCUUUGAUAUUGAUGCUUGUUGAGACAAUAAGAUA